GGUGGUCGGCGGUGGUGUGUAGGUCAAUGACGUGAUAAAUGUUUACUACAAUGGCAACGCCUCGUCUUCUCCCACAGUUUCACGCGCAUUGUCUUACGGUUCUCACGUGUUAUUGCACUUUUUCCGACCCGGUUAGCUUCGCGAAUACUACUGCGUUAUUGUCGGUGGUGUGUGCAGCAGUUUAGUGUUCUUACAAGUUGCCAUAAGGCGUCACAGCAGGCGUUUGUGACUCACUCGUUCGAGCGUUUUGUGAUUGAUUUUCCGCGGAAUUUUCUCGUAAUUAGCAGUUGUCGUGAAUGAUAAUUAUUUAAUAAACGGCCAUCAUUGGAUUCCUGUCCAUCAGCGUGUAAUACACGCCAGUGUUGUGUAGAAUGGUAACCGCGGGGCCCUCGCCCGUCUCCCGCGCCUCGGAGACUGCGCUGAGUUCCCAGUGAUGUUCUCGGCCCUUGCUUAUCAGUUGUCCACUAAGUUUUUAGAAGAGCAGAAGUGUUCGUGCCUGGAGUCACGUCGGGGUCGCACGAUGUCGAAGAAGCCGGCCGCGCAGCCGACGCUGCACAAGGUGAUCAUGGUGGGCUCCGGCGGUGUCGGCAAGUCCGCGCUCACGCUGCAGUUCAUGUACGACGAGUUCGUCGAGGACUACGAGCCCACGAAGGCCGACAGCUAUAGGAAGAAGGUGGUGCUGGACGGCGAAGAGGUUCAGAUCGAUAUCCUGGACACGGCGGGGCAGGAGGACUACGCCGCCAUCCGCGACAACUACUUCCGCUCCGGCGAGGGCUUCCUCUGCGUGUUCUCCAUCACCGAGCCAGAGAGCUUCGAUGCUACACAAGAGUUCAGGGAGCAGAUCCUCCGCGUGAAGAACGACGAGAACAUCCCGUUCCUGCUGGUGGGCAACAAGUCGGACCUGGCGGACAAGCGGCGCGUGCCGCUGGACGCGUGUCGCGAGCGCGCGCAGCACUGGCAGGUGCCCUACGUCGAGACCUCCGCCAAGACAAGGGACAACGUCGACAAGGUGUUCUUUGACCUCAUGCGCGAGAUCCGGUCGCGCAAGUCCGACGACAGCCGCGCGACCAACGGCGACGUCAAGAGGAAAAAGACGAAGAAACUCAAGUGCGCGAUACUGUAGGCACACACACACGCACGCGCCGCAUCCACACACACUCGCGUGGAGCCACUGGCGCCCGAGCGAGCCCGAGCCCGCCCGAGCGUGUCCGAGCGUGUCCGAGCCCGCCCGAGCGCGCCCGACAGCAGCCGAAGGCGCACGAGCGCGGCCCGCCGGCGCUGCCCGGCCGCGGGUUGACGCGCCUCGCUUGUCUCGUUCAGUGAUAUUUGUCUCAACCUGCUGUGUGGGUGCCACUACAUACCCGACUGUGUGUGAUAACUGAAAUGCACUACAUAGGAAAUCAGAUUUAAUUCGUGUUGUAAUUGAAUGCAAAGUUAAAUCUAUAAUAAUAUUGGUAACAAAUAAUAAUUACUUAUUUGUAUAAAUGACAAAUAAAUAUUUAUAAUGAAUUAAUUGAUACACAUUGACAUUCCAGUUAUCACAAACUCGUCCACUACUCAAAAACAAUAUUGUAAAUUCGUUUAAUGUAUUUUGAACGUUGCGACGUUUUAUUUUAAGGUCGACAGUCGCGUCUCAAGUAUCACUAGCACGAUACACAUGUACUAGGUGUAAGCAGGCUAUUGUAAAUUUUAAUAUAUUUCGCCCACUUUGGUGCUUGCAUUUAUUGAAUACUGUUUGUAAUUAUUUCGCGGUCGAUUUUUUAGAUAUAAAAAAAUACAAUAGUAAUUUAAAUUUAGUGUUUGAAAUCUUCUUAGCUGUUCCGAGCUCUGUGUAAAAAGUCUAAUUCUAAUUUUUCAUGUGGUCAACACGAGUUGACUUUACUUAAUUUAUUAAAAAGUAACCUAUUAGAUGCUCCAAACAAAUCCUGCUAACGUCUAGUUGACCCGACUCCAUUACAAACAGAAUUACAUAAGUUUUUAUGAAUAAUUAUUGUUGUAUCAAAGCUUAGUGCUUUCGCGUUAAUUUGUACGUGUAUUCAGGUUGAGGCCGCCUCCCCGGACUGAAGGCGGUCAGUAAUACACUGACUAUAUCGGUAGGAUGCUGUUCAUACUCAACACUGAGGGCACCUCGACGUGAGGUCACCAAUUAUUUUUGCACACAUACAUCCCACCUAGUUAGUCAUGCAAAGAUAUUACGAAAGUACCGUCAACAUCCAAAUAAGUACCCAAAAUAAACAAACAAUUACAACUAUAUUCCUGUAAAAAUUGUAGAUCCAUAAAUGUUAGAGUAAGUUGAAAGAAAUGAGAAUUAUUUUUCUAUGAACCCUCUUUAGAUGUUGGCCGUACACAAUCUCGUUUGAUAUGAACAAUGUUCCACUAACACUCGAACACGCAUGGACGGUAGCAUAAGUUUUGUAUUUAUUUUCUAUGUAGUAAGUGCUAAAUGUAUUGUGUAAUGCGUUGAAGGGGAUACUGUGUUGUUUGUUUGCCGAAAUAGUAUUUUACAAUUAUUUGAGAAAGACUGCAAUGUACGUGCUAGUCAAAUGUCUCAGAAUGUGAAUCAAAAUCUCAAAAAAUGAAUCUCUUGGUACAUUUAGUAAGAUAAAUUUCAAGUAACCAAUUACUCGAUAAUCGUACAAAUAACGUUUCACUAACACGACUUCACUAUUCAGGAAAUUUUAAUUUACAUAAAGAUGCAACAAAAGCUCAAUACAUAUUAUAGGUAUAAUUGAUAAUUCCGCCAUAAAUACUAUUUCUGUGAACAUUAGGAUUGUGAUGUCUGCACUGAAUGUACUCGUAUAAGUGUCGCUUCACGGAGUAGCCGAAUAAUGUCAUGUCUUGUAUGUAAAUGUGUCGCUUUUGGACCGCCACGAGCCGCUCUCAGACAGUAACAAAAACUAUAAAAAGUAAUUGGCAACCCCAGCCAUCCAGUGUUACAGCUAAGAAAUGAUAAUUUGUUAUAAUAUGGUAAAGUGGCGAUCGAAAAGUUAGAAUGAGAAUAUAAUUAUUGUAAUACUAAGUUUUGUAUGCAACAAAGUCUGAUAUUUUUAAAUCUUCACGAUUUACUUUUUUAUAUUUCGCGCUAACGCCUCUCUGGGCUAUGUGCCCCUCACUUUUGAUGUAGCAGACGUUCCUUUCUACUACUUAAAUAGUUCAUGAUUGUGAGGCAAUGUGAGGGUAUAAUGAUCCGCAGUAAUGCCAGGCAGGCGAGCAGCCGCCACCCCCGAGUGGUUAGUUUCGUUUGUGUCAAGGGUUAGGCUUGUGCCACACGUAUGUAAGUGUACACGAGCGUAAGGUCGCCACCGACGACUUGAUAUUACAUUAUAAUGCCAUUAUUAUAUAUUUUGUCCACAUAGUGCAGCAAGCACGUGUAGCGAUAACAUGUUUAGCAUAAUAUACUGUUAUUCGGGGUCAGAUGUGUAUAUCUUUAGAUGGCCCCUAACUGCCAAGACGAAGUAACUUUAUAGGUCCAUUCGCAAAAACCUAGAAACCCUUGAAUAUUAGGAGUCUUUGAUUCCCUUUCCCACUCACAAACAACAGACCGCGUCGAUAGCAGCUGUCGAGCAGCAGGCUUACACUUUUAUAAUAAUUGUGUUCCACAGCGGCUAUCGACAGAUGGCGUUGUUUUAAUCUUAUAUUCCUAUGUGUACUUGUAAUUUUCUAUAGGCUAGUUAUUUUAGUUCACAAAUGUAUGGAUUAUGUACCUACGUGUAUGUAUGUAUAUCGAAGUCACAGGAACAAACGAUUGAUAUAAAGCAGGAAAUAUACAGAUUUGCAAAA